AUGAGUUCUGAAACUACACUUGUUGGCGUUUCCAACCUGCCUAACCAGCGCUACAAGAUUGUGUCCAAUAGCGGCGGGACUUUCACUUUGAUGGUCUGCGGUGAGUCGGGAUUGGGUAAGACAACCUUUAUCAACACGCUGUUCCAGACCACGCUGAAGCAUGCAGACCCCCAACAGCGUCGCCACCAGCCAAUCAAGCGCACUGUAGAGAUUGAUGUGCUGCGUGCCGUGCUCGAAGAGAAGAACUUCUCGCUCAGGGUCAACGUGAUUGACACACCGGGAUUCGGCGACAAUGUCAACAACAAUAAAUCGUGGCAGACAAUCGUCGACUUCAUCGACGAGCAGCACGACUCCUACAUGCGUCAAGAGCAGCAGCCCCACCGUGACGUCAAAUUCGACCUGAGAGUGCACGCUGUGCUGUACUUUAUUAGACCCACAGGCCACGGGCUGAAGCCUCUGGACAUUGAGACCAUGAAACGCAUUUCCUCGAGGGCCAACCUGAUCCCCGUGAUUGCCAAGUCUGACACGUUGACAGCCAAAGAGCUACAGGCCUUCAAGCUGAGGAUCAGACAAGUGAUCGAAGCGCAAGAAAUCCGCAUUUUCACUCCGCCUCUGGACGAGUCCGAAACCCCAGAUCCUGCUGUUAUGGAACACGCCAGACAGCUCAUCGAGUCGAUGCCGUUCGCCAUAAUCGGCUCCGAGACAAAGUUCGACAACGGCCAGGGCUCAGUUGUGCCUGCUAGGAAAUACCCAUGGGGCCUUGUGGAGGUGGAGAACGAUGCGCACUGCGACUUCCGCAAGCUGAGAAGUUUGCUGUUGAGAACCAACCUAUUAGACCUAGUCUUGUCCACCGAAGAGCUCCACUAUGAGGCCUACAGGAGGCUGCGUCUCGAAGGCUCUGGCGCGUCCGAGGAUCCUUCGCUACCAACCAGGGCACCAGCUAGAAAGCUCUCACACAAUCCACAGUUCAAAGAGGAGGAGAACGCCUUGAAGAAGUACUUCACCGACCAAGUGAAGGCUGAAGAGCAGCGGUUUAGACAGUGGGAACAAAACAUCGUGAAUGAGAGAAUUAGGCUAAAUGGAGAUCUCGAGGAGGUGCAGGCCAAGGUAAAAACAAUGGAAGAGCAAGUCAGGUCUCUUCAGUUGAGAAAGCAUUGA